ACAAAAAACGUGACUAGGCACCCAAAGCGUCAUGUUAUGCAACAACUGACCUACUAACAUACAUUUAGACUGAGAGCGAGGAGGAAACAGAGCGAGAGAAAGCGAGCGCGCGCGCGAGAGAGAGAGAGAGAGAGAGAUGACACUGAAAACAAGACGCACCGCGCUCACACUUGUUUUUACCUGCUGAGCGCUGAGCAUCGUUCGUGGAGCCCGCGUCUCUGGACCGCAGCGGCCUUUCGUCAUCAGUGUCAGCGGAGCGGCAGCAGCCUGAGGUAGACCCAGACCCAGAUCUGCCCAGACCCAGAUCUGCCCAGACCCACAUCUGCCCAGACCCACAUCUGCUCAGACCCACAUCUGCUCAGACCCACAUCUGCUCAGACCCACAUCCUGCCAUCUGCGUGGAGAUCUAGGACGCUGCCGGCGCCGCUACGUGCUGAACCUGAAUCAGACCUUCGCAAACCCCUGAACCUGUGACUGAACCUUCAGUUGGAUAAAUGAGGCUCUCUAAUGCGCAGCCCAAGUUGUUCUUUAUAUUUCUGCAUAAUUUGGAUACUUGAGUCCUGCAAUAAACAGACCAAGGUGUUGAAGAGACAACACUGAAAGGCGUUUCAUCACCACCCCCUCCUUCCCUUCACCUCUGACCUGAUUAUUUCCUCAUUCACCCAGACACGUUUCAAACUGGCCACUGCUGCACAACAUGGAGAAUCUGACGUCAGCACUCAAAACAUUAAACAAAAUCUCAGGAAACAACCUAGAUUGCCUUGAGACGUUCGGCAGUUAUGAUGAGUCUCUUCCUUCUGUCCAAGGGACGCCCGCUCGAAUGGGGCGGCCUGUUAAACCCAAACCCAACGUGACCUGCAGGCGCAAGCGCGAGUUCAUUUCGGAUGAGAAGAAAGACGCGUCCUACUGGGAGAAGCGCCGUAAGAACAACGAGGCGGCCAAGCGCUCGCGGGAGAAGCGGCGUCUCAAUGACAUGGUGCUGGAGAACCGUGUGAUUGCACUGAACGAUGAGAACGUGAGGCUCAAGACGGAGCUGCUCCAGCUGAAGUUACGCUUCGGCCUCAUUAGCACGGCGUCCUACAUUGAAAAGAGCCAGCAGAUUGGUGGAGGCAGCACAGGAACCGGUUCGUCCUCCUCCUCCUCCUCCCAGUACUACUCCGGCGGGUACUCCAGUGGUUCUCAGGUGAUGAUGAACUCGGACUCCUCAGAAACCGAGCAGUCGGGACGCAGCGAGGGUCGCAGGCAGCUGGUGAAGUACUCCCCGCGGGGCUCCCUGUCCGACAUGUCUGACGGCUCCUCUAGGGACAGCCCUGAGCCCAUCCCCUUCGAGAUCAAACAGGAAGGCGAUCGGCUGGAGAUGGACAUUACCAACGGCACCACCACCCAAAUCAUGUUCAACAUCCACCGUGGUCUGGCCUCUGUGCCCACUCACCACCAGAUCCAGCAGCAUCCUCAGGAGCUGGAGCAGCAGCCCCUCCAUCACCACCAGCAGGAGUCUGCUGCCCCUCCACCGGCCGCCCACAGGAGCGUCAUCCUCUACGGCUCCAGCUCCGCCUCCUACCCCGUGGACAUCGUGAUGAGACCCCAGGACGCCGGGAAGCACGCUGGCGACAGCAGCGCCACCGAGAUUCUGUCUGAGGUGAUACAACAGCUGGAGAGGAAGGCGCUGGACUCCCCCCCACAUGAACGCUCAGGCAGCCGUGAGCAGGCCCCAGAGGUGUACUCAGCCGCAGAGCCCCUCCUCAAACCGCAGCUCCGCUGUUCAUACCUCAGUGCCCCGGAGGAGGAGCCGCCUGUGCUCACCUACGAAGGCGGCUCCGGGACCGAGGCCUACCUCCAAGGCCCAUCCAGCUCCUCCAGCAAGGACACGUCCUCCAGCGAUGGAGAUCCCCGCAGCUCCACGGACGACGAGGAGUCCCCCUCCUCGUCCUGCUCAGACACCAGCAGCUACCACAGCCAGCAUCUUGCUGGCCUCCAGCAGCCCACUUCCCCCCGGUCCUCCUCCCAGGGCCGGGAUCCCCACGGGGAGGUCAAGGGCACCGCGUUGCCCCACAAACUAAGACUCAAGCACCGGGCCGUGAGCACCGGGAGCAGUAGCAGCAAUUGCUCAGGGCAGGAGUCCCCGUCUACCCCGACCUCUGCCACGCCCCCCCCCCUGCCCCAGCACCCCUACCUGUCCCUCACGCCGCCGCAGAACAUGAAGCGCGAUAGCCCGGCCGGAGGCUGCGAACAGGGCGUCCCGGAGGAGGGCGGCGAACAGGAAGCCGGUGCACGUCGAGACAAAAGACGAGAUUAAGGGACGUUUACUUAACGAGUCGCCGCCAUGCCUUUGCCCUACGAGCUCCGACUCCAGGCCUUUUACUCCCAUCACCCUCGAGGCCCCAGAGGCUGGACAUCUUGUAGGGCUGUACAUAUUUGUAGAUAUUGUACAGACUUUCAUUUCUUGCACCCUCUCAAACCCACAGAAGCACUUUUGCUUGUGAUGAGAGGAGGCAUGGAACUGUCCACUCUCCGACCCCUGCCACAACCAUACUCAGCAGCAAAAGCACAUUUUGAUCACUUACAAACAAGAAUGUAGUAAAACACAGGGUUCUGAGCUUUACCAGUAAAUCGGACACAUUCUGACUGUAGACAAACAAAGCAUGUAACAGGGGAUGGCCCUCGACCAAAGAUGCAGCAAACACUACAGAUGGAGUUCCAUGCCUCCCCCCAGACCCUACCUCUCCCCCCCACGCUCCCCCGCCGUCUCCAUGGUGUCACUAAAUAACUGCCAUCACCUUUAUUUUUGAAGCACUUGGUUUGUAUAUUACUGUGAUAUAUGAAUAUUUGUAUGUAUUAUGAAUCUAUAUUUUACAAGAAAUUUGAAUACAGAUUAGCAACAAAUCUGAAAACGAGGAUUUUGAAAGUGACUCAAUUACUGUACAGCCGCUGUCUACUGCUGCGACAGGACCCAUUCUAAACAGGACGCCUCUAGAUUGUUAAGCUUUAGCAUUAAUCUUGUGUUAAUGCGGUUUGAAUGGAGGACACGCUGUUUCCUGAGGCAGGGGCCUCGUUAAAAGUAACCCGCCUUAAACGUUGGCUGAGAAUCACCAUCUGCAGGCUCCAAGCCUUAGUUCGCUCCUCUUCAGCUCGUCAGCCAUGUUGUGUUGUCGUCCCCACUCACUGCCCCGGGUAUUUAUUUCCCUCUGCUGUGGACGGGCCCAGCGGGGCCCAGCGGCUGCAGAGGCGCCAAGGCGGAACACGACGGAGCUCUGCCGUGUUUCUGGGAGUCAACGCGCGUCUCUGCCCCAUGUUUGUGUAUAAAUGUAAAGUUCCCUCACACCUGUACGACAUGGGUUUUAGAUUGUUCUCGUGUGUCCUUUCUCCCUUUUACUGAGACGACGUAAUGGCCUUGUGCGCCUGUUCACUCUCCUUUUUUCAGUGUGUAGUAAUCAGUAAUGUUUGUGCUUUUGCUGAUGGUUUUAUGAAAUAGCUAAAGGAAAGAUGUUCGGCCGGGUCUGUCGUCACCAUCGCUUCUUCUGACAUGAACCUCUAUGUAAAGACACUAAUGUUCACUGUUGAAGUUGGGAGCAAGAUGAAAAAAUUUAAUAAAAAGAAUGUUGACCAUG